GAGACAAGGUUAGAUAACGUUACCUUGCAGUAACUGUGCACGUUCAUUGUUGUUCCUGUUCCUUUUAUUUUGAUUUCAGUGGUAAUCAUUGCCAAGUUAAGUCCGAUGGACCCUCCAGUGAAGGAGAGUAAAAGUGAAGAUUGUAUACCAGGCCUGGAAUGCAAGGAGAAACGGUACUGUGGCAUGUUUCAGAGAGCUGACAAGAGAUAAAAGACCUCUGUCCCAGACUUCGUGUCCCCAUUCUCUGCUCAGCCUCUGUCCUUUCCCUUUGUUGUCCUGACAUUUCUUUCUGACACCUAAACAUGCCGCCCAAGAAACCCGAGCCCAAGAAAGAGGAGCCGAAGAAGGAGGUGAAGCGUCCUGAGCCAGAGGUUCCCAAGGAGCCAGAAUUCGACCCCAAGUCAGUAACUCUUGAAUUCACUGCUGAUCAGAUUGAAGAUUUCAAGGAAGCAUUUACUCUGUUUGACAGAACGCCCAACUCAGAGAUGAAGAUUACUUAUGCCCAGUGUGGUGACGUCAUGCGUGCCCUGGGUCAGAACCCCACCAAUGCAGAGGUCAUGAAGGUCUUAGGAAGACCCAAACAAGAAGAGAUGAACAACAAGAUGUUGGACUUUGACACCUUUCUGCCAAUGCAUCAACAUAUCUGCAAAGUUAAGGAUCAAGGAACAUUUGAAGACUUUGUUGAAGGUCUGAGAGUAUUUGAUAAGGAAGGAAAUGGCACAGUAAUGGGAGCUGAACUUCGCCAUGUCUUAGCCACAUUGGGUGAAAAGAUGACAGAGGAUGAAGUGGAGCAACUGUUGGCUGGUCAAGAGGAUGCAAAUGGAUGCAUCAACUAUGAAGCCUUUGUAAAGCACCUCAUGGCUGGCUGAAAACUAGGAGCUGCUAAAGAACAUUUUCUUUGAUUUCUCCAGCCUUUCCCUUUCUUUCAACUGACAAGACAUUCAUCAUUAGAGCUCUUAAUGAUCUCACCAACCCUAAAAUUCCAUUGAAUAUUUAUAUCUGUGAAAUGUCCUGUGAAAUGAAGCC